AUGGAAGGGUCAAAGGGCUCAAGAAUUGCUUCACUGAUUCUAAGAAUUCUGACCUUCAUUUUGAUCUUCAUUUCUCUCAUAAUCAACGCCACCAAUUCCAAAACUUUCAACAAAGGCGCUCAAAAUGAAACAAAAUUUAAGUUCAAAGAUGUUUAUUCUUAUCGAUAUUUGAUAUCAACCAUGAUUAUUGGAGCUGUUUUGAGUCUACUUCAAAUCGCUCUCAACAUUUACAACGUCGUUACCAAAAGCCAUCGAACUCUCCUCUUCGAUAUGUUCAGUGACAAGCUGUUGUCGUAUCUUCUACUGUCGGGGGCCUCGGCGGGGUUAGGCGCUGGCAUCGAUUUGAGAGUCGGUCUUAAAGAGCUGGUUGGCAACCUUUUAAACUCGUUUUUCGACAAGGGAAAUGCUUCGGCGGCUGUUCUUCUCCUUGCGUUUAUUUGCGCUGCCGUUGUCUCAAUUCUCUCUUCCUUGGCCCUCAUCAGGAAGCCUUGA